CUCUCAAUUCACUGGUAACGACAAAAUGGAGUCAUUCCUCAUGCAUGACGACCGCUUCAAGGCCAUCCUGGGCCCCAAUCCCACGCUCGAACUUCUCCUUGAAAACAAAGAAUACGCCUUUGCCCACGAAGCCGGUGUCUACAUCCCCCCGGACAACACCCUUUUCAUAACCAGCAACCACAUCUAUACAACAGCCGGCGACCGCACCGUCCAAAUAUCCAAAAUCCUUCUCACAAAAGACCACCAUGGCGUCGUCCGCGCGUCCUACGAAGAACUCCCAUCCGACGCAAUCCCCAUGGGCAACGGCGGUGUCAACUACAAAGACGGGAUCCUAUUCUGCGCGCAGGGGUCGCUAAAGGCCCCAUCUGGACUGUAUUACAUGUCCUCAAAACACCCACAUGACGUCAAGCCCGUGAUCACAAAUUUCUACGGACGCGAAUUCAAUUCCGUGAACGACGUUGUCGUGCAUACGGAUGGGACGAUAUGGUUCACGGAUCCGAUUUACGGAUAUGAGCAUGGGUAUCGGCCUGUGCCUUCGCUGCCGGGACAGGUUUAUCGGUUUGACCCUAUGAGCGGGGCGAUUAGGUGUUUGGCGGAUGGGUUUAUUAAGCCGAAUGGGAUUUGCUUCUCGCCAGAUGAGAGGACGGUUUAUGUUACGGAUACGGCGAGGUUUAGGGCUAUCGGGGCUGUUGAUGAGACGUUGCCUUCUAGCAUUUACGCAUUCGACGUGAUGUACUAUCACGGGGAACCAUUCCUUAUCAACCGCCGGCUCUUCGCCAUGGCUCCUGUGGGUAUUCCCGACGGCAUCAAAUGCGAUCUCGAGGGAAAUGUGUACUCCGGUUGUGGUGAUGGAGUAAUCGUCUGGUCGCCGGGUGGUGUUCUCCUCGGCCGGAUCUUGGUGGAAGGGGGAGCUGCGAAUUUUUGCUUCGGGAGAGAAGGGGAGAUGUUCAUUCUCAAUGAGCAUCGGCUGUGGAGGGCACAAUUGAAUUCGAGAGGAGCUUUGCUGGGUAUUUAGGUGACCUUUGCGGUAUGUACAGUGACGAGUGUAAUGGCUCCUCGUAAUGUAGAUUAAUGCAGGAUGAACUUGGAUGAACUUCUAUGAACAUGUAUUACAAGUUAUAUAAAGAGGAAUUUGGCUGCGCUCGUUGAUUGGGCUCGAUCAAAGAAGACUGACAAAAUGCAAUGGCCCAAAUGUUCG